UGCACCGUGUUUAAAGGGCUGGUAAGAGCCUGCAGAAACCCCGAAUACCGCGUGAAGCCUUUUUUAGUCUGAUGCAGUUCGUGCACUGUGGACCGUCACAUUUCGGAUCCAGUAGGCUAAAUGCUAAUUUUUUUUAUCCUAUUUUUUUCCUCUUUUUAAAUUAGAAUGUAAUUGAAUUUUCAGCAUCAGGUCCCUUUGUUUCUCCGAUACCUUACUCAGUGCACUUGUUGCGCCGCUUCCGCCUCAUCUAACGGAAUAAAAGACAUCCAGGGAAGGUGGCUUCGCAAAAGUGCACUCUCCAUAUCGCCAAGGUGCCUUAAUACAAAACCAAGAGAAGACGAGUGUUCGGGAAAGACAGUCGUGUCCCUGUCAAGAUGCCAGUGUUAACGAGUCCUGACAUCGCAAAUAAAUUUAAAGAGAAAUGGAUGAUGCUUCAUCCAGAGGACCAGGACAACGUAAGCGGCUCCGUUAACUUUGACGACAGCCUGACGAGUCUACACUGGCUUCAAAACUUUUCUAUCCUCAGUGCCAACCCAGAGAGAUCCCCCAGCUUCGGCUGCCAUCCGCAACAGGUCUUUCACCUCAAGAAUCAUUUGGGGGGUACUGACUCGCCUUCCAGUCCACCUGCCGGAGACACGGCGGCUACAGGGACACCCCAGACUCCGGGGAACCCCACGACGUCCUGCAGUAAUUUUGCCAACGCAAGUUCUUAUGCCCAUCAACAGGUGGGACUCUAUGGGCAUAACGGAACGAUGCAAACUAAUCCAAAUGAAGAGACUGAUUACAAAACCAACCCUCUCGUCAAACCUCCAUAUUCAUAUGCUACGUUAAUUUGCAUGGCAAUGCAGGCCAGUAAGAAGACUAAAAUCACUCUCUCCGCCAUAUACAACUGGAUCACUGAGAACUUCUGUUAUUACAGACACGCAGAGCCGAGUUGGCAGAAUUCAAUUCGCCACAACUUGUCUCUGAACAAGUGCUUCAUGAAGGUUCCCAGGCAGAAAGAUGAACCUGGAAAGGGUGGUUUCUGGCAGAUUGACCCCCAGUAUGCCGAUAUGUUCGUCAACGGCGUCUUCAAGCGAAGGCGAAUGCCUGCCACAAACUUCACGCAGAGACAAAGCAGGCUGCUGCCAUCCUGCUCCUCCUACAGCCCUGAGCGCAGCCAGCCAAUGAGAGCGAGCCACUUGCGUGACACUGCAGCGGGGUCAAAGCGCAAGCAGGCUCUUCCCAAACGAGGCAGCAAGCCGGGCCACGUGUCUGAGUCGCCGCUGCUGGCCAGCCAGAUCAGGACCUCGGAUGUGCUCCGGGGCGACUUCGACCUGGCUUCCGUUUUUGACGAUGUCCUGGGGGGCAACGGCAGCACGUUCGAGGACCUGGACAUCAACACGGCACUGAGCUCGCUUGGGUGCGAAAUGGAGGCGUCCUCUCACAACCAGCACACGCCCACCGUACCCAAGUGGUACGGCAGCGAGGACGAGCAGGCGUGCGCGUACUUGGAGAUGAACGGCAUGAUGGGAUGCGGUAUGGAGGAUCUGCAACAACAGCAGCAACAGCUGCAGACCCAGCCUCAAUAUUACGAGGGAAUGGCGCUGUUCUCAGAGCAGGUCCAGCAGCACCACCCAUGGGAGAUUAAAGAGGAGGCCCAGGCUAUCCCAUUGUCUCUGGAUCAGGGCUAUAGCCUGUGUGAAGGAUUCUUCUCAGAGAUGCCCCUGUGGGAGAAGGGAGAGUCGUUCCUGUGAACGCCCACUGACGCACAUGCGCCAUACGACUGCUGGUCUAAAGACUGCUGGUCUGCUGACGUUUGUUUUGCUAUAUUAGCAUGGUCCAAGAUAUAAAAAAUACAAUGAAAAAUACUAUGGAAUUCUUCUUUUUACUUCUUUCGCAUUCCUUUUUUUCCUGAGAAUCUAUGCUAAAUGUUGGUGAUUAUCCUCCUUUUUGAGAGAUUUAUGAUUCAUAGUUGGAGGAAUGAAUGCAGAUUACUAUUGCAGAUUACUAUUGUAAAAUAUAUCUAAGUAGUGGCGAGUCAAUUUUGUGUAGAAUA